AUGGGCACUGGCAUUGUUUCUAUCCUCCUUCAUAACCUCCCUUACAAUGGAGCUUGGUUGUAUUGGAUCUCAGUCAUCUUUUUUGUUCUGAAUCUCUUUCUUUUCAUUCUCUUUAUAUUCAUAUCUGCGCUUCGGUAUCUCAUUAAUCCGGGCCUAUUUAUGACUAUGAUAAGACAUCCUGGCGUACCACUAUUAUUGGGAGCAUUUCCGAUUGGCCUCUCUACAAUUGUCGAAAUGAUUGUCUUGAUAUGUGUGCCUGCUUGGGGCGACUGGGCGAUUACAUUGGCAUGGACGCUUUGGUGGAUUGAUGCAGCGAUAUCGAUUAUAAUCUGCUACUGGAUACCAUUUGUCAUUAUGCACGUCCACGAUGUCAAAUUAGAAACUCUUUCUGCAACCUGGCUUCUUCCCAUAGCUUCUGCGGUCGUCGCGUCUGCUAUUGGCGGAGUUGUGGCUGAAGUCAUAGAGAACGAGCAGCAUGCUCUUUGGACUCUUAUAACUUCAUACUUCCUCUGGGGAACCGCCAUGCCGCUUUCUCUUACCUGCCUUGUUAUUUUGUAUCAACGCCUAUCAAUGCACAACUUACCACCUCCGGAAGCUAUAGUGUCCAUGUUUUUGCCUGUUGCACCCCUUGGUCAAGGUGGGUAUGCGAUUAUGCAGCUCGGCAAAGUAGCGGCUGAAGUCUUUCCCAAAACUGGUGUACUCGGAAAAAUGGGAACCAAUUCUGGAGAGAUUUUAUAUGUUACAGGAUGGAUACUUGGCUUUAUUAUGUGGGCAAAUGGCUUGGCAUGGAUUUUCUUCGCUCUGGCUAGUCUGAGUCGUCGCAAGUUGGCGUUUAACAUUGGCUGGUGGGGAUUCACAUUUCCUCUUGGUGUCUGGGCCGGUGCGACAAUAGCGAUUGGCCAAGAAAUGCCGUCAAGAUUCUUCGACGUUUUGGGAACUAUUGUCGCGGUAAUAGUAACGCUGCUGUGGAUCAUGGUUGCCAUUUUCACGAUAAUGAAGAUCAUGGAUGGUAAAAUCUUCAUGGCGCCAGAUUAUGAACAGUGGAAAAAGAAGAAUAACCAAGUCGCUGAGGCUGUAUAA